CAUGUCGUAAUGCACAGACACACUGUUCCUCACCUCUCUCGUCUGCCGAUCGCUCGUCUCCGCACAUCAUGUCCAUCGCGCUCAAGCAAGUGUUUAACAAAGACAAGACGUUCCGGCCCAAACGUAAGUUCGAGCCGGGCACGCAACGCUUCGAGCUGCACAAACGGGCGCAGGUGUCGCUCAGCUCUGGCGUGGACCUGAAAGCGGCCGUGCAGCUGCCUCAUGGUGAGGAUCUCAACGACUGGGUGGCCGUUCACGUGGUGGACUUCUUCAACCGAAUCAACCUCAUCUACGGGACUGUGUGCGAGUACUGCACGGACAAGAGCUGCCCGGUGAUGUCCGGCGGACCGCGCUACGAGUACAGAUGGCAGGAUGAACACAAGUUCAAGAAACCCACUGCCCUGCCCGCUCCGCAGUACAUGAACAAGCUGAUGGACUGGAUUGAGAUGCAGAUCAAUAAUGAAGAGAUUUUCCCCACCAGCAUCGGAAUUCCCUUUCCAAAGAACUUCAUUCAGAUCUGUAAGAAGAUCUUGUGUCGUCUCUUCCGUGUGUUUGUUCACGUGUACAUCCAUCACUUCGACCGGAUGGUCCUGAUGGGUGCUGAAGCUCACGUCAACACCUGCUACAAACACUUUUACUACUUUACCACUGAACUCAACCUGAUUGACCGUAAAGAGCUGGAGCCGCUGAAAGAAAUGACGUCACAAAUGCGUCUGUGAGGGACAGUGAGCGGAGAACGUUGCCUUGGAGAUGAGGUCAUCGCUGGGGUCAUCCUCAGAUGCUACCUUGAUCAUUUAAUGUGAUACAACAGCACCAUCUAGUGGUGAAGUGUGACUCGUACACUGGGCUAUUAGAGGGUGAACAAUCUCCAGUGUGCACACUAUGAGGGGACACUUUUGAGUGGACAUGAUUGUCAUUAUAGUUUACUGAUGUGUUGAUCCUGAUGUAUAUCUGAAGUGUAGUGAAGUAUGGGGUUAGUGGUGCAGUGGACAUGACGAUGUCUUACAGUUGUUGGUCUGAUUCGAGUGGAUCACGUCAUUAUUAAACCACUAAAACAAACUGACAUGACGUUCCAAGAGUUCUGUUCACAGUUUCAGACUUGUAAAUUCCAUAAUUCAAGAAAUAAAUAAUAUUUAGAUUUUAUUUAACUGUAUCCUUCAUUUUAGAAACAAUUAUUGUUUUUAACCCUCAGAGAUGGAGGAGAAAUGUUUGUAUUUCAGUGUGUUUUAUGCCAACAGUGUACAUUUAGCCAAAAGUGUGUAUUUUUGGGGAAUUUUGAUAUUUCAACCUUAGUUCUUAUAACACAUCUAUAAUACAUCUAUAAUACACUGUAAUAGUCACACUCGGGACCUUCAGGACAAAAAUGUCCCCAUUGAAACCCAUUAAAACUGCAAUAUUUGCUCCCAGUGCCAUUAAAACAUAAAAUCAUGAAUUAUAUGAUAUUAUGCUUUCUUUCCGGAGCCCUGACUUCAACAUUUACAUUUUUAAUAUUUUCCACCAGAUGGCGCCAUUUUUUCUCAUUUUUCACAAACCUGUGAAGAUUGUAUUUAGAAAUGUGUGUGUUGGUAUGGAUGUCAGAGUGUGUGUGGUAUGGAUGUCAGAGAG